AUGUCAUUAACAUCUGCAACUCCAUUAUUGGCAUUACUCAAGGAAAAUGAUGAUUCCGUAAAAUCAUACGCUUUACAAUCAAUCAACGGAAUCGUAGACCAAGAAUGGCCCGAAGUUUCGAACGACUUGCCCGACAUUGAAGCCUUAUAUGAUGACAGCUCAUUUUCAAAUCGUAAGAUGGCUGCUCUCGUUGCAUCCAAAGUUUAUUACAACUUGGGUGAAUAUGAGCCAGCAGUUAAAUAUGCAUUAGCUGCCGAAGAAUGUUUUGAUAUAGAUGAAAAGACUCAAUUUGUCGAAACCAUUGUUUCAAAGAGCAUUGAAUUAUACAUUGAACUCUCUGGUAAGAAAUUUGAGGAUGAGCAGAAUAAAAGUGAAAUCGACCCAAAAUUGACAUCAAUUUUUGAAAGAAUGUUGGAUAAAUGUAUAAAGGCAACCGAGUUCAAAUUAGCUGUCGGUAUCGCAAUGGAAGGUCUUAGAUUAGAUAUUGUAGAGGCCAUUUUAAGUUCUAGAUUGAAAGAAGACACCGAAUCAAACACUUUAAAAUUGAUAAAUUAUGUCUUAACUGCCGCAACCACAACUGUUUCAAACACUGCCUUCAAAACCAAAAUAUUAGAUCUAUUAUUCAAAAUUUCAAUGGCAAUGGAGUCUAUCGAUUACUAUACUGUCUGUAAAUUAAUUGUUAAUUUAAAUGACUCUAAUUCUGCCGUUGAACUUUUUGAAAAACUAAGAAUAGACGGCAACCAAGAAGUUUCAUACCAAAUCGCAUUUGAUUUAGUCUCUUCAGCAACCCAAGGUCUAUUGACUGCAUUGGCUGCUGAGUUACGUCAAAGAAAAUAUGAUCAGAAAUUAGUACAUAUAUUAUCAGGUGUACCGACCUGUGAUUUCCGCAACACUUUCUUGCUUAAGAAAAGCAACAUUGACGUAGGCCUUUUGAACAAAGCUAAAUCUUCCUUGGAUGGUAAAUAUUCAUUAUUCCACACAGCUGUUAGUGUAGCCAACGGUUUCAUGCAUGCUGGCACAACCGACAACUCAUUCAUUAAAGCUAACCUAUCCUGGCUAGGCAAAGCUCAAAACUGGGCCAAAUUUACUGCUACUGCAUCUUUAGGUGUAAUUCAUAAGGGUAAUUUAGUUGAUGGUAAGAAAGUCAUGGCGCCAUACUUACCUGGUAGUCGCGCAACUUCUCGUUAUAUCAAAGGUGGUUCCUUAUAUGCAUUGGGUUUAAUAUACGCUGGGUUUGGUACAGAUAUUCUUGAUUUCCUAAUUGAAAAUAUUGAUGAAAAUAUGAACUAUAUUGGCGAUGAGGAUAUCGAUAUUCUAAUGCAUGGUGCCUCCCUGGGAUUGGGUUUAGCUGCGAUGGGUGUCGAUGAAAUGGGUGUCAAUGAAUCCCUCAAAGCAGUUCUUUAUAGUGAUCUAGCCAAUUCCGGUGAGGCUGCUGCUUUAGGUUUUGGGUUGAGUAAGCUAGGUACUGGUGAUGAUGAAGAUAUUUUUGCUUUUGCCCAAGAGACUAAGCAUGGUAAUAUCAAGCGUGGUAUUGCUAUGGCAAUGUCACUAAUCAACUAUGGCCGUCAAGAACAAGCAGAUGAAAUCAUUGACAGCAUGUUGAAUAAUGAGGAUCCUCUAAUACGUUACGGUGGUGCUUAUACUGUUGGGUUAGCUUAUGUUGGUACAGGUAAUAACAAAGCUGUCAAGAAAUUAUUACAUUUUGCUGUUUCUGAUUCAAAUGAUGAUGUUAGAAGAGCGGCUGUUACAUCCUUAGGUUUUCUUCUUUUACGUGAUUACACGACCGUUCCAAAAAUUGUCGAAUUAUUAGCAAAUUCACAUAAUCCCCAUGUUCGUUGCGGUACUGCAUUUGCAUUAGGUAUUUCAUGUGCUGGUAAAGCACUUGAUUCUGCAUUAGAUGUUUUGGAACCUUUAAUGAAGGAUCCAGUUGAUUUCGUUCGUCAAGCAGCUAUGAUCGCUUCAUCUAUGAUCAUGAUUCAACAAACCGAAAAAUUGAAUCCAAGAGUAGCUGAGAUUAACAAGACUUUCUUGAAUGUCAUGACUAACAAGCAUCAAGAAGGUUUGGCUAAAUUCGGUGCAUGUGUGGCACAAGGUAUCAUGAAUGCAGGUGGACGUAAUGUUACUAUUCAACUCGAAAAUCCAGAAACUGGUACAUUGGAUGCUAAAUCCAUUGUUGGGUUAGCUAUGUUCUCUCAGUUUUGGUAUUGGUUCCCAUUAUCCCACUUUUUAUCUUUAGCAUUCACACCAACAGUCGCCAUUGCUGUUCGUGGUAGCGAUUUAGCCAUUCCUGAUUUUGAAUUAAAUUGCUACGCCAAGGAGGGCGUUUUCGAUUACAGAAAGAUGUACGAAGAAGAAGCUGACAAAGAAGUUGAAAAGGUCGCUACUGCUGUUUUAUCGACGACAGCAAGAGCUAAAGCUAGAGCAAAGAAGACUAAAAAGGAUACGAAGGCGGAAGAAACGAAAAAGUUAGAGGAAAAAGAGCUAAGUGCAAAGGCAGAAGAACAAAAGCCAACUGAAAAUGACGAAUACUAUAAGAAUAAAUACUCUUCAACACCAUUUAAGCUCGCGAACAUGAGUCGUGUGCUGCCACAGCAAGCCAGAUAUGUUUCGUUUAUCAAGGAUGGCCGUUUUGUUCCAAUUCGUAAAUCGAAGAACACAAGUGGUAUAAUUAUUGUUCAUGACACUAAACCAGAAGAACCUAUUGAAACCAUUGAGACAGUUAGAUCUAGUAAAGAUAUUGAUGCACCACUACCAUCAGAGUUCAUUGUAAAGGAUGAAUUAGAUUUUGACAAAAUAAUAGAUGCCUAA